UUCUAGAAUUAUUCUUCUCUCUCUCUCUCUCUCUCUCUCUCUCUCUUCCCUUUAUUCUUGCAUGAGAAGCAAACGGCGCUGGUUCCAAGAGUCGCUGUUUCGAGAGUUUUCGAUACCCAUCAGCCAUGCCCGCUUUCCCUGCCGUCGCGGCUUGUCCUGCCACCAGCUCGCGCCUCCUCGUCCAGCCUCCGCAGCCUCUCGUAUCUGCCGCCGUUGGCUAUCGGAAUAAAUAUGCAACACUAGAAAGAUGUUGGUCUUCAACCCAGACCUGGACAGCACAUAAGCCCUUGGCUCCUUGCAGACUUGUUGCAUGCAGAUCUAAAGGAAAGUCAUUCCCAUGCCUUUCUACUACAGCGUCUCCUUUUUUAGGUGGGGAUCAAGGUGGCCUGUUGCGCAGCAUUCCUAUGUUGCCAAGACAAAGCAAAUCUCUAAUGCCCGUGCAAGCAUCCACUGAUAGUCCAUUCAGUUGUCGCAUCCCAACAAUAGACGAGAAACCAGAAUGGUGGUGGCGGAUUUUGGCAUGUCUUCCGUAUCUUUUAGCUUUGCAGAUGUCUGAGACAGCGUAUUAUGUCCAACCCUUCCUUGAACGCUACGAGUUCCUCGAGAGUUUGUUUUAUUAUAUCCCAGGAGCAGUUCAUAGAUUACCUUGGUGGUUCCAGUUUGCACAUUUCUACGUUGCAUACUUAGGAGUGGUGCAGAGUGACAAAUGGCCUCACUAUUUACGAUUCCAUGUAGCAAUGGGCUUUCUACUAGAAUCGGCCCUGCUGGUGGUGGUGCAGUCAAGCAAUCUCAUGCCACUUAUACACUUUCAAGGUUCUUUUGGGUUAUACUACUGGGCAGCUGUGGCAUUCAUAUAUAUUUUGAUGGUGUUGGAGUGUGUAAGGUGUGCUCUUGCUGGUACGUAUGUUAAACUACCUUUGAUUAGUGAUAGUGCAUUUAUCCAUAGUCUUUUUAGGGUGAGGGGAUACCAUCGACCUAUCUAGUCGGUGGUAUCAAGUCCCAUAACAUUGGAGUCUGAGAAAUGCUACAUGCACUUCGAAGCACUUACUCUCAAGUGCACAUUCUCUAACGUGACAGUGAAAAUCAUUAUUAGAUCCAAAAUUUAAUGGCGAUUUUCACUAUCACGUUAAGAAAGUAUACUGUUAAAAGUAAGCACUUAGAAAUACACGUAGCAUUUCUCUUUGAGGUAUUGGGAAGGGCUAUUCCCAUUGUGUAGCCCAAUCAAUGUCUCUUUUACAAGAAAGUGGGGUAGAAAAAGAAAGAAAAGAAAGAUGUUUCAGUGUUGUAUUUUUAUGUUGGUUUUUUCUUGAGUAGAAAAUUCUGAUGAACAAUAAGUGAUGGUUGAUGAUGGUGCAAUAUAUAAAUGUCUUGCAACUAUGGGCAUUUUUACUUCAUGAUUCUUGAGAAAGAAAUACCAGAAGUAGAUGAAUUUUGUAUGUGAA